GCAAAAACAGUUUAUCCUCAUACAUGAUCAAGACUCGAUUAUUAUCAACUAAACAAGAUGGACAAUGGACAGCAGCCUGACAGAGAGGAGCCAAACAAAGGCCAAGAGGAGGAGGGGAAUAGUCUGGAUUGGCUCCUUGGAAAAGACAGCCCAGAGAUAAUUCCUGCACCUAUGGAUACCAACGUCUCAAUAUCUAGACCAUGUAAUACCAGUGUUGACAACAUUUACAGUAAAGCAUUUACCAGGGAGAGAGUCUUUGAAGCAGCAUCCCAGGGAGACACAACUCAACUUAACGGCCUGCUUGACUACCUGCGAGUUAAUAAUAAGCGACUUACGAGCCCAGAAUUCACAGAUGAAACAAAUGGGAAAACAGCCCUCAUGAAAGCUUUACUGAACCUAAAAGAUGGAAAAAAUGACACUGUUGAAGUCCUCCUUCACAUCGCUGAAAAAACUGGAGAUUUAGAAAAAUUCAUCAACGCAUCUUAUGAAGAUCCUUGUUUCAAAGGUCAGACGGCCUUGCACAUCGCCAUUGAGAGGAGAAGCUUUGACCAUGUGAAACUGCUGGUCCAGAAAGGAGCAGAUGUGCAAGCCAAAGCCAAUGGGAAGUUCUUCCAGCAUAAUGCAGGACUGGGCUUUUAUUUUGGAGAGCUUCCUCUGUCACUGGCUGCCUGCACCAACCAGCCAAACAUUGUGUCCUUCCUCAUGGAGAACCCUUACAGAAGAGCUGACCUGACUGACAAAGACUCAGUUCAAGGGAACACUGUCUUCCACUCCUUGGUGGUUUUAGCAGACAAUAAGACAGAAAAUACAGAUAUGAUUGCAAAGAUGUAUGACAACAUCCUCAUUCAGGACAACAAGCUGGAGAAAAAAAGAAAAGUCCAGUUGGAAGAAAUUGAAAACAAUCAGGGGUUGACUCCUCUGAAGUUAGCAGCCAAGCUGGGCAAAAUUGGGCUGUUCAAGCACAUGUUGCACCGGGAAUUUGUGGAGGAGGAGAUGAGGCCGCUGUCCAGGAAGUUCACAGAAUGGGUCUACGGACCUGUUCACUCCUCACUUUAUGACAUGAGCUCCAUUGACACCAAUGAAGAAAACUCUGUGCUGGAGAUAGUCGUCUUCGGGAGUGAAAUUCCGAACCGUCCUGAGAUGCUCCAGAUCGAGCCUCUACGCAGUCUUCUCAAGGAUAAGUGGGACAGGUUUGCCUCCAAAUUUUUCCUGAUGAAUUUCUUGGCUUACCUGAUAUACCUGAUCACCUUCACCAUGGUGGCCUCCUAUAGAAAGGAAGGACAGCCACCGUUUACCAUCGAUGUCCCACUCGACUACCUCCGUUGCUUUGGUGAGGUCCUCAGUGUCCUUGGAGCAGUGUGCUUUCUCUAUAAAGCGAUCAUUAUUUUCAAGAGGAACCCCCCAAAUUUCAAGGCUCUGUACACUGAGGGAUUCAGUGACAUUCUCUUCUUCCUGCAGGCAACACUCCUUCUGAUCUGCACCGUUUUGUACGGCUGUGGGCGUAGAGAAUACGUUGGACUCCUCGUGCUCUCGCUGGCUCUUGCCUGGAUCAAUGUGCUCCACUACUCGAGAGGCUCUAAACAAAUGGGGAUGUACAGUGUCAUGAUGCAAAGAAUGAUCCUGGGUGACCUAUUGCACUUUUUAUGCGUCUAUGGUGUCUUGCUUUUUGGAUUUUCUGCUGCUAUUGUUGCUCUCAUAGACGACUUCCCUCCAGCACAUAAGAAACUGGCCAAUGGCACUCGGGCAAGUGGAAGGAGUUUUGGUCUUGAGCCGUUUAUGUGCGAGAAGCCGAGUUACAAUGACUUUCGUUUUACAACACUGGAAUUGUUUAAGUUCACUAUUGGAAUGGGAGAUCUAGAGUUCACAGACCAUGUUCAGUACAAGGAGGUUUUCUACAUCCUGCUCAUCUUGUACAUAGUUCUCACUUACAUCCUGCUGCUCAACAUGCUCAUCGCCAUAAUGGGCAACACAGUCGAAAGGAUCUCCAAAGAAAGUGAAAACAUCUGGAACCUGCAGAGGGCUUUUACAAUUUUGGACAUGGAGAGGACUCUGCCGAAGUGUGUGACGGAUAAAUUGUACUCCGGAGUGUCAAAGAUGGUUUGUCUUGGAUGCAAGCAGGACGAGAGUCGUAGAUUUUUCAGGGUGGAGGAAAUGAAUUGGAACAAAUGGAGGUCAGAUCUUUGCGUUAUCCAUGAGGAAGACCCUGGGCAUCGUAUGAUGGAGCCACAGUCCAACGACCAGACUCCGGGGAAUCUGUGGAGCCUCAAUCCACUCUUGGAGCGGAUUCGUGGCAGACGUCCCCAACGACAGCUUUCUGGUGAUCCCUAGGUUAAAAGUUUCAAGUUUAAUUUUUGUUAAUUUUUUUAUAUUCUACAAACUUCUUAAAAAAAAAACAAUAAUCCGUACUGUACAUGAUCAGCGACUGAACGUAAUUAUACUUUAUUUUACACCAAUUCCCUUGUUUUCAACGUACCUACUAUUUGUAAAUAUGUUAUAUAUUUAAUGUUUGUAAAUUUGUAUCUACUGUUUCUUAUGUCUUGUAUUUUCUAUUUUUAUUUAAUGUGUAUUUUACCUGUUGUGUUGUAUC